GGUUGGAUCUAGUUGCAAGCAGAAAGACGAGCCCAUCACCUUCACUCCCGCUUGAUUGUGAUUUUAGUCGAGUUAACUCCUAAAACAAUGUUGAAAGAGCUGGUGAAAGAACGCCUAAUGGUGGCGGCCGAUGAAAUAUUCGCGCUCUUUGAAACGACGAUGGCGUCGUACGAGGAGGAACUUUCUCGAACGAGAGAGGAGAAGGAGCAACAUCGACAACAACUGGAAGCUUUUAGCCAGAUUCGCAUGAUGUUACAAGCUGGAGACAUCCAGCUGCUUGCUCAUCGAGGAGAACGUCCCCUUCAACCGCAGAUGGAACCUCAGCCCCCCUACAUUAAAGAGGAAGAGGAGGAACUUUGGAUCACCCAGGGGGGAGAGUGUCUUUUAGGGUCGGGGGAGGCUGAUCCCGCCGAGUUGCCACAGACUGUUGUCUCUGUGAAGACUGAAGACUCACCACCUGCGUCCUCACAGCUUCAUCACAAAGGGGCGGAGCCUCCAAGCAGCAGCUCAACACAACACAUGACAACAGAAGCUGAUGGAGGAUCUCAAGCAGACAACCUCUUAGCUCCACUAUCAGAUUGGGAGGACACGACAUCACAGGAUAAGGACUGGGACAACACCCACAAACCAAACUGGGAUGAACGCUCCAACAAGAUGACCGGUAAAAAGAAAAUUGUCUGCUCAAUUUGCAAUAAAAGAGUAACUCGAAUACGUGAUUUGCAUCGACACCAAAAAACACACACAGCGGCGGAGCGUUUUAGUUGUUCAGUAUGUGGCAAAAGUUAUUGUUACAAAUCUAUUUUCACUCGACACAUGCAGACGCACACCGUAGGAAAAACGUUCAGUUGCUCGGUGUGCUUUAGAGCAUUCUCACUUGAGUCAGCGAUGGUAGCGCACGUGGCAAAGCAUACAGGCAAUACAGCCUACGAGUGUUCCGUUUGCUCUCAAGGCUUUCUUUAUGGCAGCGAUUUGAUUCAACACAUGGAAAUACACAAAGGAGACAAACCUUUUCCGUGCCCUGUUUGUGGCAAGAGAUUUUUUCGUAAUUCCGUUUUGUCGUCACACAUGAGAACACACACUGAGUACGACCUGUAAGGCACAGGCACCCGUUUGGUUGAUCCCGAGCUACCAAAAAGGGGGGUCGGUCGAUCGCCAAGCAUCGCAAAAAAAUACAGAUAACCGUAUUUUUUGGAUUAUAAGCAUACUUGCCAACCCUCCCGGAUUUUCUGGGAGACUCCCGAAAUUGAGCACCUCUCCCGAAAACCUCCCGGAAGAAUUUUUCUCCCGAAAAUCUCCCGGACUUCAGCCGGAGCUGGAGGCCACGCCCCCUCCAGCUCCAUGCGGACCUGAGUCCAGUGUGCGCACACAAGGAGACGAAGCAGAAGAACGAGACCAUAGUCUAAGAGCACAGGGGAGACACUUCUCCAGGGCCGAUGCAUACCUGCCAACUACUCCGGUUUUCCCGUAAUUAGUACGGUUUUCAUCAACCUAUUCCGGGUUACGGUUGCAGUGAUAAAAAAUACGGUUUUUCAUUAAUUAAAAAAAAAAAAUUUUUUUUAAAUGCGCAAGGCUAUUUAUAGCACCGCUGCCAAGCACGAGGCACCAGUUGCCAUUGUUUCCAAACGAGCGAACGAUCAUGGAAUCAGCCGGAGAAAAAUCGCAAACGAGUCUUAAACCGAAAAGAAAACUGCAGUCAUUCCGUGAAGAAUAUUCAAAAGCCUAUCCGGGAAUAAUUAUCCCUUCCAAAAAGGGUGAAAACUACGCAAAUUGCACCUUGUGCAGACAAGAUUUUCCGAUCGGACACGG